UUUAGCCAGUCAUGGACCUAAAUGCGUGAUGAAGCUGAGUUUGAGCUCUAGAGGAAACCUGCGCUUGAUGAUGUGGUGGAGCUCCGUCUUGCAUAAAAAUGAGUUGGCGAAAACUAGGCCAAGUUUGAACAACAGGGAGAAGCCGUUCCUGAAGGAGUUGAAGAUAAGAAGCUGCAGUCACAUUAUUGAAGAAGAACACCGGCCCAACAACUCCUUUACGACCUAUUGCCGCCCAAACACUCACCUAAUGACAAUAAUCAAAAAGAAAAAACAAACAGCUAACUCUUGGGGAGUGGAGAGGUUCCUCGCGAAACCAAUGCGGGUUCACAUCAUUCCAAUAGCGAAAAUUUUGAUGGUUUACGUGCCCGUGGAGAUGGAAAUGUGA